AUGGUUUUGUUUGCUAGUGUGUUAUGUAUAUUCCUUUUCGUGUUACAUAUUAGGUGUUAUUGUAAACCACCUUAUUUUGCUAUUUCCCAUCAACCUCAGUCUUGUUUACAAAGGCAAGCUGUGCUUCAGCAAUUGUCAGCAAGUCAAACAAUUCACCUGGAUCCCUUGGUCAACGCGUGGUGCCAGAAGAUGACGUUGUCUUCGGAGGUGUUACAUGAACUUGGUGAAAACUAUUAUCCAAAGUUUUCAAGCGAUUGGUCAUCGGUGUUUGCCAAAGUAUUGAUGAAAAUCAGCGCUGCUAUGGAAGCAUCAAAGGAGUGGUUGACACCAUUCAGCCCACCUGAAAGUAAGAUAAACUAUCACUUGUUUACCAUUCUCUUCCUAUUC